AUGUCCAUGUCGGGCUUCGAGAAGAUCUCCACCAGCGACUAUGGAGAGUUCAGCCGGUGGAGUCGCCCCCUGUACCCGCGCUCGGACCCGCGGACCCGCGACUGGUUCCUGCUGGGCAACCCCUUCUUUGUCACUCUGGUCGUGGGAGCAUACUUGUACAUCGUGUACCGUGCGGGACCCCGGUUCAUGGCCAGCCGGAAGCCCUACGACCUGCGCGGUGUCAUCAAGGUCUACAACUUGGCCAUGAUCCUGCUCAACAUUGUGUUUGGCUACAACUUCUUGAAGAACUCUUAUUUGGGCGGCGACUAUAACCUGUUCUGCCAGGGCAUGACGUACGCGACGGACGAGAAAUCCUUGAAUAAUCUCUGGUGGGGAUACUUCUACUUCUUUGUGCGCGUUGCCGACUUCAUGGAUACCUUCUUCUUCGUGCUCCGCAAGAAGUACAACCAGAUCACACUGCAACACACGCUGCACCACGCGCUCAUCGUGGCUAACGGCUGGCUCUGGUACACGCUAGGGGGCGAUGGUCAGUCGCUAUUCGGCGGCAUCAUCAACUGCUUCAUUCAUGCGAUCAUGUAUAGCUACUACUUCCUGGCAGCCUGUGGUCCCGAGUACCGCAAAUAUCUGUGGUGGAAGAAGUACCUCACGCGUGCACAGAUUGCUCAGCAUCUCGUAAUCAUCAUUCACGGACUCAUACCGCUCUUUUACGACUGCGGGUACCCGCGGUUCUUCAUCUAUCUGGCCCUUCCGCAGGGUUUGCUUGGACUUGCGUUAUUUCUCAGAUUUUACGUGGCCGCUUACAGGAGGAAGUCGGCCAUGGAAGCUGCCGCCGCGAAGAAACUGGCCAUGCUCAAAGAAGAAUAA